GAGCCGGCUAUAACUAUGAGGCGCCACGUUGAGGGCGCUCAUUAUCGGUUCGUCAGUCAGUGGGGACGGCACAGUGACACAGAGAGCGAUAGGACUCUACUGUCCCUGAGCAGCGGCUUUUGCGGCAUGUCCGGCAAGAAGAAGAGCAUCGAGGCCGUGGCCACCUCGAAGAACGGCUUCGCCGUGGACGUGGGCAGCGACGCCCGCAAUACCUGGCGCAACCUCAUGGCCUUCUGGGUGCUCGGCCUCUGCAACAACUACGGCUACGUGGUGAUGCUCAGCGCCGCCCACGACAUACUCAACGAGGAGGCUGUCGAUCCUAAGAAUUACACAUGUCCAGCACCCAACGAGACGAUGCGCACGUGCAACGAGGUGUCUACCGGUGCGAUACUCCUGGCCGAUAUCGUGCCGAGCGUAAUCAUCAAACUUACCGCUCCCUUUCUGCCGUUUUUAGUACACGCGCGGAUGGGAACAUGCGUGUUGCUCUCGGCGGCGGGCUUUCUACUGGUCUCGCUAAGCAAUAAGGUCACCUGGAUCGCCAUCACCGGGGUCAUUGUCACAUCUCUCUCGUCCGGCCUGGGCGAAGUGACGAUGCUCAGUUACAGUCACCGUUACACCAAAAGCGUGAUCUCCACAUGGUCGUCAGGCACCGGCGGAGCAGGCAUAAUCGGCGCCCUGUCGUACGCCGGACUCGUGCAGUUUCUCCAACUGACGCCGUCCGAGUCGCUGCUGCUGAUGCUCGUCGUGCCGAUCGCCCAAGCGCUGACCUUCUGGCUAAUGCUCACGCAUCCGGAGCCCACCAUGACUCUGGUCGUCAACGGCGUCGGCAGCCAGGAGCAGAUCAUCGCCGCGCCCAAGAUGACCAUGAGACAGAAGCUCGCCCUGGUGCCCAAGCUGCUCACGUACAUGGUGCCUCUGGGACUGGUCUACUUUUUCGAGUACUUCAUCAACCAGGGACUGUACGAGCUCAUUGAAUUCCGCGGAAUUUUCCUGAACCACUGUGAUCAGUACCGUUGGCUGCAGGUGGACUACCAAAUCGGAGUGUUCUUCUCGCGAUCGUCCGUCAACUUCAUCUCGAUCGACAAGAUAUGGGUCAUGUCGGUGCUGCAGCUGGUCAACGUUUUUCUAUUGACAUUCGAGGCUCUUUAUUACUAUAUACCGAGUAUUUGGAUUGUGUUUGCCAUUGUUCUUUGGGAAGGCUUACUCGGCGGUGCCGCUUACGUCAACACCUUCUACAAAAUGACCAAGAAGAUUCCAUGGGAGCAGCGGGAGGCAGCUUUGGGUAUCGCCUCGAUGGCCGACUCUGUGGGCAUCUUGGUGGCCGGCUGGCUGUCGAUGCCGGUGCACAACAUGAUCUGCAAGCUGCCGCUACCAACGCGGCUCAGCAGCUGAAGUAAUCGAGCGACCGUGACGACGAAAAUCCGCUGAUUGCGAGCGUCUUUCUCGAGCGUUUCCUGUAAAAAUCAUUGUACAAAAGACCAACUCUUUCCACGACGUUUUUACUUUGAUUCGUAGCUAGUUUUUGUAAGCAGCUUGCGCCCACCAGGCGCCUUUCCUAAUUGCGUUUCUUUUUCAUUGCGUGCGACGCUUCAUUCCCAAAAGAGAACGCGUGCGAGUAUUUCUGUGUAGCUGUGGUGUGAUUGCGUGAGAGACAGAGAUAGAGAGAAAAAGAAACUAUUAUCGCGUAGUCUUCUUCGCGGACCAUUCUUGGACGAAGCUUUUCGGCAUUUCUCAAAGUAGCAUUAUUUCCCUAUUUGGUGCUAUGUACUCAAUGAAAUUCGUAUGUGUGAGAGUGUUUAUUAGCGACGGCAGUAUUGUGCUCGUAGAUAGUGUUUUUUUUAUGGGAGAUUCCGUCGAACAAACGAGGUGUGUCGUCGGUGUUCGUUUUUGUUCGCUUAUACAAGGCACGCGAGAGGACGAGAACCAUUUGAUCCUCAAUAAGUUCCGAGAACACUAUCAGUAUAGAAUUGAUGGUAUUAUCAAGCUUGGCCGUCGUGCGAAAGUUUUGGUAGCGGCCAGGCGAGAACCGAUUAUGGACUUAGCGAUUAGAUAAUAGCUGCCGAAAUAUAGCUAUAAUAAUUUAUUAAGUGAAUUAUGUGACGUCAGAGCAAGCUAGACGCGUAAUACGAUGUUUAGAUGUAUGUAACCGAUUUAGUUGAUUUACGUUUUUCUUUCAUUUUUAGUUGCUGUGAGUGAAUUAAAUAAAA